CCCGGCCUCUUGAGUGAGAUGGGCGCACAACCCUAGAGUCUGUCAAGACUGGCCCGUACGGGCAGGGGUACCUUUACCUUUAUGAUUCAUCCGCACAGGGAAGCAGAGAAGAAUCUCGCCCGUCCAGCCUCGUUUUGGAUCCAAGAUGGCUACCGUUCUGAAAGCGGCCUAUCUCGGCAAUGAUCCCCCACCUACAUAAUGCAGGCACUACUUCCUUGGUCAGAUUCAGCGGAAGGCGCUCUAGCCCUCCCACUCGAUCUCCCACAAGAUGGCGGCCCUCCUUUGGUUUACGCUUUGCGGGUCGGCGACGUUAACGCUGCUUCUGCUUCUCCUGUUACUAUGGCAACGGCAGCGGCCUGCUGGUUCCGAGGACCGCGUGGCGGUGGUGGUGCUGGGCGACCUGGGCCGCAGCCCCCGUAUGCAGUACCACGCCCUAUCGCUGGCCCGCCGCGGCCGCCGCGUCGACUUUAUCGGGUACCCGGGCACAAAGCCACAUAGCGAGAUUAUACGUAAUGGAAACAUACAGAUUGUUCAUAUCUCUGAGCUCAAAAUUUGGCAAGUUGGGCCAAAGAUGUUCCAGUAUAUCGCAAAAGUCAUUUUACAGAGCAUCCAACUAUUGUAUACAAUGCUGAGGAUAGCUAAACCAAACUAUGUACUUCUCCAGAAUCCUCCAGGUCUGCCCAGCAUAGCUGUUACCUGGGUGGCUUGUCUUCUAAGAAGCAGUAAGCUCAUCAUCGAUUGGCACAACUACGGUUAUACCAUAAUGAGCCUCACACAUGGAACGAGGCACCCUAUUGUCCGGAUUGCUAAGUGGUAUGAAGAAUUCUUUGGGCGUCUGUCUGACUAUAACAUUUGUGUGACUAACUCAAUGAAAGAGGAUCUUCUGGUGAACUGUAACAUCAGAGCGACAACCCUCUAUGACAAGCCAGCUUCUUUCUUCAAGGAAACGCCAUUGAUCGAUCAGCACAAGUUGUUCAUGAAACUAGCCAAAGAAUAUGCUCCAUUUAAAGGCCAACUUGUAGCAGAGUCCAGCCUCCCAGGUGAUGUUGAGAAAACUGCCUUUACACAAUUAGACACCAGGAGCGGAAACGUGAUGCACUGCAUGGGCCGGCCAGCUCUCCUCAUCAGCAGCACCAGCUGGACAGAAGAUGAAGAUUUUUCCAUCCUAUUAAGAGCUUUAGAAGAAUAUGAACGCUAUCUCAAUGAUGGAGCAAAGCUUCCUCCUCUUGUGUGUGUGAUAACAGGCAAAGGGCCUCUGAAGGAGUAUUACAGCAAGCUGAUUGCAGAGCUGCAUUUCAAGCAUAUCCAGAUCUGUACUCCAUGGCUGGAAGCAGAGGAUUACCCCCUUCUGCUCGGCUCAGCUGACUUGGGCGUCUGUCUUCAUAUGUCCUCCAGUGGCUUGGAUCUACCUAUGAAGGUCGUGGACAUGUUUGGCUGCUGCUUGCCUGUGUGUGCAGUGCACUUCCAGUGUAUACAUGAACUUGUGAAGCAUGAAGUAAAUGGUUUGGUGUUCCGGGACUCAAGCGAACUUGCAGAGCAACUGAAGAUGCUUUUCUUGGAAUAUUCUUCUGCAGAAGGCAAGCUCAAUUUAUUCCGAAGGAAUCUUUGCACAACCAAGCAGCUGCGGUGGGAUGAAAGUUGGGAGCAGACAGUGCUUCCUCUUUUUAGCAGCAGUUAAGCUGAUACGACUUCGAAGUUAAUUUAUAACUUGCACAUUCUCAAAAUCUGUAACACCACAAGCGUGUUUGUAUAUCAAAAAUUCUUUUUACAAAAGAAAAAGUGAUUUUAUAUGGUGAAUAAAAAGUUUUAUCUGGAGCUUC